UUCACAAUAAAUAUAUUAAUAACUCUCCAUAUUAUUUAGUUAAGUACAGGCGUCAUUAAAAAUAGAAUGUGGCACUUGGGGAGUGCCACCAGAAGUGAAUACUUCUUAUAGCGCGUUAUUACUAUAAUAUAAAAGUGUCACAUUUCAAAAUUUUGUCAAAUCGAGUUAAAUACACAAUAAAAUCGAAAAAAAAAACGGCGAAUUUUUUGAACGUAGUGUCAUAACUAAACUCCGAAUAGUUUCCGAGAGAUGGGAGGAAAUGUCGCUUUGUCGGUGUAAAGGUUGGAUGGUUCGUCUAUUGAUGUAUCGACAUAAUUCAAUUGAGUGCGAGACGUUACUCUUACGGACACUGUUGUUCAUAUGGAAGUUGAAGGUUAGAUUCCAUCCUGAUCAGUAUUUUUCACUCAUGAGAGGAAUAAAAAUAGGAAAGAAAAUUUUCCAAGUUCUCGAAAUGAGUUAUAAGGACUUUUUGUACUUAAAGUCAAUGCCCGAUGUAAUUCCACAAGGGAUUAUCAAAAUUCGAGACUUGCGCAUUAUUCAUUUAACAACUGAAAAAGUAGAAUAUACAGAUCCAUUUGGAUACGAGUAUUCCUCCAUACCAAUAAAACGAAAAACCAAAAGCAAAGUCAAAGUGAUAUUACCAGCACAUCCAUAAAAACCAAAAAUAAAUGAAAAAAAGAAGACUGGGAUUAUGUCUCUAUUCGAAAAAAAAAAUAUAUAAUUUGAUCUUACUAUAGGCCCUUUUAUGAAAGAUUGUAGCUAAUGUUUCAAUAAAAUAACAUUUUCAAAAUUG